AUGUUUCGAACAAGUCCAUACUACACAAAUGUGAGAUAGGAGGUUUACGCUGAAAUCAAUUACCAAUUGUCCCAGGAAUUAGAUUAGAUGUAGUAAUAAAAAGAUCACAUCGGAAGCAACAGUAAGAAGAGUGCAUCGAAACAGACUUUCAAUAGCAUCUGUAGAAAUAGUCAUCUUAUUUAACUAUAGUCUACAAGAGAGCAAAUGAUUAGGAAUCAAUUUUAGAAGAUCAGAUUAUCAAGAAAUGUUCGAACUGUGAGAUCAAAAUAGUUUCCGAGGACAUCUACUGUUCUAACUGUACUAAGUUGA